ACCCAAAGAUGGCGGCUUUCAGAGCUCCGUAACACACAACAGCGCAGUAAAAGCCGAACAGAGCCGAAUAAAACCGUGUUCUGGCUGUGGGAACGUAUGAGGAGCGGGACGAGAGGGAGCCGAGCCGAGCGGAGUCGCCGCCACUGAAGGCGGACUCUCGGUUUUCCGGGCGGUCGGAGGAGCCGGUGUGAGCAGGAUGGCCACCGACAACAGGAUCAAUUUUUGGAAGCGAAACCUAAAGGUUCCCGGCAGUGUACAACCGGUUUAUGGAGCACAGCAUCCACCGCUCGACCCACGGUUGCGGCGCACGCAUCCCAAAGACACAAAGGCCAAGUUCAAUAAUCUCAAGUCUAAAAAGGCUUCUAGUUUCCACGAGUUUGCUCGCAGCACAAACGAUGCCUGGGAUAUUGAUGAUGAAGUCGAUGAUGAUUUCCUCGGGAACCCCACUUCAUCACAACCAUCAGAUCAUAUCUCUGAGUCCACACACAACCAGCAGCAUCUGAAUCAGACUGGUGAGCGUGAAAGUGGUACAGAAUCCAGAUUGACACUUCCCUUUUUAGAAGAUCCAGCCCUCCAGGACAUGCAAGAGGUCACAGAGUGCAUGCAUGUCAAUGGAAAGUUUGUCAAGUCCAGUAGUGAGGCCAACCUCAGCACAUCCUCAGUUCUCAGUACCCUGCAAAAGCAGCAAUCACUCCCAGCACGUCCCGUCAUCCCACUGGUGGCACGCAUCUCAGACCAGAAUGUAUCGGGCGCACCACCCAUGACGGUGCGGGAGAAGACCCGGUUGGACAAAUUCAAACAGCUGCUUGCUAGUCCCAGCACUGAUUUAGCGGAACUCCGGAAGCACAGUUGGUCGGGCAUACCAAGAGAGGUCCGACCAAUCACAUGGAGACUUCUCUCUGGUUACCUGCCGGCCAACAAGGAGCGUAGAGAGUUGGUGCUGAAGAGAAAGCGAGAAGAAUACUUUGGCUUCAUAGUCCAGUAUUAUCACUCUAGAACAGAUGAACACUAUAAAGACACAUACAGACAAAUCCACAUUGAUAUUCCAAGGACCAACCCUCUCAUUCCAUUGUUCCAGCAACCAGCAGUGCAAGAGGUAUUUGAACGUAUUCUGUUUAUCUGGGCUAUCCGCCACCCAGCUAGCGGCUACGUUCAGGGAAUAAACGACCUGGUCACCCCCUUUUUUGUGGUCUUCCUUUCAGAAUUUGUCGUGGAGGAUGUGGAGAACUUUGAGGUGGCCACUCUGCCCCUGGAUACCCAGAGAAACAUCGAGGCUGACAGCUUCUGGUGUAUGAGCAAGCUGCUGGACGGAAUACAGGACAACUACACCUUUGCUCAGCCUGGAAUCCAGAAUAAAGUGAAAGCGUUAGAGGAGCUGAUCAGCAGGAUAGAUGAGGACAUCCACAAUCAUUUCAAGAAGUAUGAAGUGGAGUACCUGCAGUUUGCUUUCCGGUGGAUGAACAAUCUGUUGAUGAGAGAACUCCCACUUCGGUGCACAAUCCGUCUGUGGGACACUUAUCAGGCUGAAGCAGAGGGCUUCUCUCACUUCCACCUGUAUGUCUGUGCUGCUUUCCUCAUUGAGUGGCGCAAAGAAAUUCUCUCCAUGGUCGACUUUCAGAGUCUUCUCAUGCUACUACAGAACCUUCCUACAAUCCACUGGGGUAAUGAAGAGGUGGGUCUUCUCUUGGCUGAAGCUUAUCGAUUGAAAUAUACUUUUGCAGAUGCACCCAGCCACUACAAGAGAUAGGCUUUAUGCUAACACGACACAGAAAAGCCAGAACUUUUACCAUUUAAGACGAACUCCACUGUGACUGGAUGGACACAGUAUUUGGGAUUCUCUGGACUACAGUAAAGCCUCUUCCUCUAAGGUAACCAGGAAAGACUAAAUAGCGGUGUCUGCCCAAAGAUACCGUACACAUUGUAGACUUCAAAGAAGAAAUUUAACUGCAGCUCUCUAGUUUUGUCCAGUUUUACCUUGAGAAAACUUUGCGUUUGCUGUGUGAAGUUCCAGAAGAGUACCUGAGUAAAGCCUCCAAACCUUGUGACAAGUCCAAAAAACAUUCACCUGUUACAGUGUAAUCUGAGACAGUUUGUGUCUUCUGUGCAACCACAGGACUCAAUCAAAAUGGACAGUUACGGUCAGUGGACUGUACUGUGUUAGCGGACUCUUCAAGUAUAAACAGCCACACCGGGGACUUGUUUUAUUUAUAUACUUGUCAAUCAUGCAGCAUUGAAUGUCAUGUUGUAUAAAGGGGUGAUGAAUGUUUGUGAGAUCAUCUUUUUUUGUCAAAAAUGGUUGAGAGAGACUAUACGUGUACAUAUAUUUUUGCAGAUUUGUUAUAGUUAUUUUAAAGGGAAAAAAACUUUCAAGUGUGAAUCUGGUGUCUACAGUGUUUUGUUAUGUUCUGCUGUGAAACCUAAAGUCUUAAUUUUCAGUUUAGUAUUACACUUUUAAACUGUCACCAUUAAGACCCAGUUCAGGUUUCCCACUUAAAAUAAAAGACGUGCACACACACACACACACACACAUACUGUGUGGUUUUGACAAAAAAAAAAAAAAAAAACUUGUCUGUGGUAACAAAAAUCUUCAGCCCCAAAUGUUGCUGAGCUGAUCCACAGGAUCAGAGACGACCCCUCAGCUUUAGAGCUUUUAUCACUAUCAGACAUUUAAUCAAAUAAUCUUAAUGUUUUCUCUUGUGCUGCACGACCUUCCUGCCCAGUUACUAAUACCUUGAAUAUUCCAGAAAAUGGUGAAUAAAUUGCCAUUAUAAUUUCAGAAGUGAA